CAGCCUGUGAAUUUGGACGCAGCCCAUCUCAUCGACGACAAGUGUAACCUCUGAACUCCAAAGGAUGUGACGUAUCCUUUUACAUCCGGGCCAUUUCCCAUCCGUAGUGCGCCUCAUCGCUUUUGUACAAAUCUUUCCUCCGAGAUGUCAGACGACGAGGACUUGGCCCCUGCCCCGAAGAAAGGUCGCGUGUUCUACGGAAGCCUGGAAGAAAAAGAGCGUGAGCGUCUGAACGCGGAGCUCGCCGGGGCUUUGACGACGGGAUCCGAUGGCGUCAAGGCAGGAAUUGAAGCGGGAAACAUCAACAUCUCGUCUUCCGAGACACUGGAGCUGGAGGAGCACGUCAACGAGAGGCAACAGGAAGCGCUGGCCGAAUUUGAGAGAAGGCGGCGAGCGCGGCAGAUCACCGUAUCCACCGACGACACCGAGGUCAAGGCGGGGCUGCGAGCGCUCGGAGAGCCCAUCACCUUGUUUGGGGAGGGGCCGGCGGAUCGGCGGGAGAGGCUGCGUGGCAUUUUGUCCGUGGUGGGUCCAGAUGCGCUGAAGAAGUCCAGAAGAGACGAAGAGCGAGCCAAGCGAUCCCAGGCGGAGUGCCAUCAGACGUGGUACCACGAAGGCCCGGCUUCUCUCAAGGACGCCCGCCUCUGGUUGGCUCGUUACUCUCUGCCCAGGUCGAUGAAACGUCUGGAGGUGGCACGGGGCCAAAAGGAAAUUUGCGAGGCAACCAAAACCAUCCGCCAGCAGGAGCUGAACAAGAGCCUGAGAAACUUGAACAACUUCUGCAGUCAGAUCGGCGACGAUCGGCCAAUCAGCUUCUGCCACUUCAGUCCCGACUCCAAAAUGCUGGCCACCGCCUCCUGGAGCGGCUUGUGCAAGCUGUGGUCUGUCCCCGACUGCAACCUGAUUCGCACGCUGCGAGCAGGUCACAACACCAACGUGGGCGCGGUGGUCUUCCGCCCGCAGGCCGGCGUGUCUCUCGACCCAUCGGACGUCAGUUUGGCCUCGUGCGCGGCGGACGGCUCCGUGAAGCUGUGGAACCUGCUCAGCGACGAGCCGGUGGUGAGCAUCGACGACCACGGCGAGCGGGUUGCCCGCGUGUGUUGGCAUCCGUCCGGAAGGUUCUUGGGAUCCACGUGCUACGAUCACUCGUGGCGUCUUUGGGACAUGGAGGUGCAGGAGGAGAUCCUGCACCAGGAAGGCCACAGCAAAGGCGUUCACGACCUUCAUUUCCAUCCCGACGGUUCGCUGGCGGCUACCGGGGGCCUGGAUGCCUUUGGCAGAGUGUGGGACCUCCGCACAGGACGCUGCGUGGUCUUCCUGGAAGGACACCUUAAGGAGAUCUACAGCGUGCACUUUUCCCCCAACGGCUACCACCUGGCCACAGGAAGUGGAGACAACACCUGCAAGGUUUGGGAGCUGAGGAACAGGAAGUGUCUCUACACAAUCCCCGCCCACCAUAACCUUUUGUCGGGUGUCCGAUUCCAGCCCACGGACGGCCAAUUCCUGUUGACGUGCGCGUACGACAACGUGGCGAAGGUUUGGAGUCACCCCGGCUGGAUGCCGCUGAAGACGCUCGCCGGCCAUGAGGGCAAGGUGAUGGGUGUGGACGUUUCUCCCGACGGCAAACUCAUUGCCACGUGCUCCUACGACAGAACCUUUAAACUUUGGAUGUCAGAGUGACUCAGUUGCUUGUUUUCCUAGUUCUGCUGUUUUUUGCAAUAAAAUCAUCUUUUUU